AUGACACUCGAAACGUCAUCUACCGCAUAUGCCUGGGGCGGCACCAGCGAAAAAACCAUUCUUCCCCAGUAUGGAGCAUGUUGGAUGGAGGCGCUGGAUUUCUUGCAGGACGGUUGCAGGCUACUCUCAGAUUCGGUACAUAUUGAUAUUGCUCUUCGUUUCACCAACUGUUUCAUGAUAAUGUCGGGCCAAGGAACAACGCUCGAGUGCCAUUCCGAAAGAACUGAAGCUCUGAAACGGCUUUGCAUGAGCGAAAUGUCUGACCGAAAUUUUGCCGUCUAUACCGAGUUCUUCACGCAAGCACAAAGCAUGUGUUAUUUUCUACAAAAUCUUGCAUGGCAUCACGAGACGGAAAAAAUGAUAAAUCGAUUGUUCACGUUUUCCCAAGCAGCUACCGAGCAGUUAGAAACGGUGUACGGUCUGCAGAAUGUGCUUUUGCAGAAGUUACACGAGCAAUACAAUAUUCAAGCAGAACUGUUGAUCCUCGGUCGAAAUUUGUCACUUACACUGGAAGGAUCUAAAUCGUCGCUUGAAACACUAACCUACGAUCUGAAACAAUCCACCGUACAACAUUCGCUAGUGCUAGAGGAGCUAUUUCACGAGUUCCAUCAGUUGCAUCGCUGGAUUGUUGGUCGUUAUGCAUUUGUGGAUGGAUUAAUAUUUUACUUUUCGUAUCUUACUUUUCUCUUGAUAUUAACAUCUAUUAAACGAACUGCCAGUGCAAGAGGCCUGCUCUUGCACUCGGACGAAGUUAGCUAA